UCACACUGACACACAAAGAACCAGAGCGAGCAUCAGCCCUGUCCCUGAUCACUCCCUCCAACAGUCCGCUCCUUGUCCCGCAGCCUGGCCCGGAGGACUCCACCGUCCCCGGUCGCUCUGACACACUUUGUGGGUGUGUUCCCUUCUCAGCGGCUGUUCCUGCCCCACGAGGAGACACUGAGUCUGGGUCCGAGCGACACCUGCCUCUCUGCUGCCCGCUCUCUUUUGUCUCUCGCGUCUCUGCAGCUCCGGGCAGCAGCGACUAGGAGGAGGAGGAGGAGGAGGAGGAGGAGGAGCAGCGGGUGUACCUGACACCUACAGCCGUACCGCAGCUCUGCUCUCUCUCACAGAAUAGCCCGCACCGGCCGCCACCGGCACCGCCUCCCUCCCUGUGCUAGUUCACCGGAGCUUUGUGCAGUUUGAACGGGACACGCUGCUUCUGCUGACAGACCGACAACUCUUAGAAAUAUAACGAAGAAAGCAACAAAGCGCUGAGGAUCUUUCUAAGAACUCCUCCUCGGGAUUUUUUUGUCAGGCUGUGAGGAGAAACAAGGACUACACCUUAAGAAGAUGCGUCUCCCGGUGCUCAUGUGUGCAGCGGUGUGUCUGUGCGCGGCACCGGGCCCGGCCGCCGGGGCGGAUAGGAGCUGCGCCGACCUGCGGCAGUUCUACACCGGGAAAGGGUUCACUCUGGCCGGGGUACCUCAGACCGAGAUCUCCGGUGAACAUCUGAGGAUGUGUCCUCAGGGCCCGACCUGCUGCACCAGCACCAUGGAGGAGAACCUGGCCGGUCUGAGCACCCAAGAGACAGAGGGACUGAUCAGAGAGGCCGGCAGAUCGCUGCAGGCUGCCUUCAACGCUCUCCACAGGAGCUUCGACACCUAUUUCACGGAGCUGCAUGCUUCCUCUGAGCGUUCCCUGCAGGAGGCGUUGUCUCCACUCGGCCCCCUGUACUCCCAGAACACCCGUCUGUAUGGAGAUCUCUAUGCUGACCUGCGUCAGUACUAUCGAGGCUCCGCCCUCAACCUGGACGAGAACCUCUCAGACUUCUGGUCCCGCCUGUUGGAGCGAACAUUUAAAGCCUCGGCCCCCACGGAUGUCACCCUAUCAGAGGACUACCUUGAAUGUGUCGCCAAGCAACAGGAGACGCUGCGGCCAUUUGGAGACGUCCCUCGGGACAUGAAGGCGAAGGUGAUCCGGGCUUUUGUCACAGCCAGGUCGUUUGUCCAGGGGCUGCUAGUCAGCGCAGAGGUGGUCAGGAAGGUCUCACAGGUUUCUCUGAGUCCAGAGUGUGUGAAGGCCCUGAUGAAGCUGGUUUACUGCCCUCACUGUCGUGGUCUGGCCUCCGUCAAACCCUGUCCCAACUACUGCGCCAACGUCAUGAAGGGCUGCCUGGCCAACCAAGCCGACCUGGACCCCGAGUGGCAGAACCUCAUAGACGUAAUGAUGCAGGUGGCGUCUAGUUUCAGCACAGCGCCCAGUCUGGAUGUGGUUCUCGACUCCAUCCCCGCUCGGAUCUACGAGGCUGUGCACUUCCUGCAGGACAACAUGGACACGUUCACAGCUAAGGUGUACCAGACCUGUGGACCUCCAGGUGAACCAGGAACCGGAAGUCCCACAGUUCAUGAGCCGAGGAGGAAGAGCGGCUCCCUGACGGCGUCAGAGUACAAACCCUCCCCGACAGCUGGACUCAGGCUAGAAAUGCAGGUAUCAGAUCUGUACAGUAAGCUGAGGGAGAUGCGUCUGUACUGGAUCCAGCUCCCUGUGGCACUUUGCAGCAAAGUGGUAGCAGGAGUCAACAGUCAGGAUAAAUGCUGGAAUGGCAUUACCAAAGCCAGGUACCUUCCAGAGGUUAUGGGUGACGGUUUGGCCAAUCAGAUCAACAACCCAGAGGUGGAGCUGGACAUUACAAAGCCAGACAUGACCAUCCGGCAGCAGAUCAUGCAGCUCAAGAUCAUGAGCAACAGGCUGAAAAACGCACUGGAAGGCAACGAUGUGGACUUCCAGGAUGCAAGUGAUGACAUCAGCGGCUCAGGAAGCGGGAUGUGCGUAGGCGGUCAGUGUCCUCGGAGCAGACCGGGAUUGUACGCCUACUCGCCAGACAACAACCGAGUCCGAGGCGCUGCCACGUCUCACCCCGGCCUCCGUGGCCUCCUACUGCUGCUCCCCCUGACCGUCCUGCUGCUCCAGCGAUGAUGGACCGCCGCUGCCUCCAGUCAGACUCUGAAGUCUGGAGCAGGGCUGGACCACGUGAAGGACAAACGGGAGUUCGGUUGGGGGAAGAUUGGAAACGUAACUUUUGCCAAAAAAAUAAAAAAGACUUUUUGGGGAAUGAGUGGACAUUUCCUUUGACUGUGAGGAGCAAAAACAGACUAUAUUCUUUAUUUUGCUGAAUUUAAAUAUGUCUUAGUUUGAGUGUGAUUUAAUUUGUUGAGCUGGUUUCAGUGGAUUAAUUGGAUGAGGACGGUUGAAGGAAGACGAAGAGGAGAAUGAUGACUGUUGAGGAUGAAGAAGGCUCUUUUGAUGAAGAUAAUGAUUUUGUGCCAGUGUCCAGUCAACAGGCUGCAGAGCUCUGUGAAAAAAAUGUUUGAUGUCCCGAUAUGUGGCACCCUUUUUUUUUUUUUAAAUUUUAUUUUACAACUUGACUCGAGGUUGUCUACCUUUACAAACAUUGUGUACGCUGUAAAUGUUUGUGUACAUUAGCUUAAAGACUGGCACCAUAUUGAGCCGUGAAUGUACAGUAUAAUACUCUACUGGCAAUGAACCUCCCCCUCCCAUAAUCUGUGAUGUAGUCGUCCAGAUGUUUUGGUGUGUGUUUGGCAUAAACAGAAACAUUCAGUAGGAUUUGUUUGAAAUAUUGCAGAUAAAUGAUCACACUUCUGAAAUGUAUGAGAUGUCGUGAUUGCAAGAUUUUACCUCACUUUUACUGUAUACCCGACCAUUUCAAAAAGAAAACGGAAAGGACAACUUUUUUUUAGCAUCACCUUUGUAAAAACGUAAGCAGUCUCAUCGAAACUCCUACAAACAAGCACACCUGAACAGUUUACUUAAGUUCUGUUGUGAAGACAGAAAAUUGCACAUUUUUCUGAAGCGUCUGGUUGCAGGAAACACAGAAAAAUUUCCACAGAAAACAUCUCACGACACAGUAAAACCAGAGAGGACUGAUGAAUGCACGCCUGUGUUGAGUAACUGACAGUGGCUGAUAUAUAGUCAGUCAAACCAAAGCUUACUACACUGUACACUUUUAGACAGCCCACCGUACGUUGAACACAUGUGACAACCUGUUUCCCUGGUUUUGUACUGCAUCAUAUUUUUUAAAAAUGCAUCACUAAGGAAACAACGGUCCUCAGUUCCUGAAAGGUUUUUGUACAUACAAGAUACUUGCAGAAUACUGUCUACAUUAGCCUGGUAAACGAUCAUUUACUCGACAUGCCUUUCUUUCAGUCUGCACUACUAUACUGGUACAUAUAGGAUUUCUGUUUCUUGCAGAUGUGUUACAAACACACACAUACAUUUACACUAUCUGGAGCUGUGUAUUGAGCUGGUUUUUAUUCAUCUGUGUAUUUAAUCACACGUUUCAUCCAUUAAACUCUGUUUGAUUGUAGCAGUG